UCCUGAUUGACCUAAACUGGGCUUCUGCGCACAGCGUGCAAAGCGCUCCGCUGAGGGUCUCACCAGUCCAGCUGUGGGGGUUAGCACUGUCCGUCCACAACGUCGCAGGUAGCACAGACGUCGUGUCAUCCCCGGCUGAAGGAAGGACGCACGGAGUGCCCAGAGGAUGAGAUGAAACAGCCCAUGUCAGAAUACCUUCCACCCCCAGCCUUUUGUGGGGGGCACCUUUGGGGUCUCUGGGUCUUAUAAUUCCUAUAUGCAAAUUCAUACUCUAUAGCAAGUAGACACUUUCAGCGGUUCGGACCCUUCACCAGGGAACAUGUAUGUGACUCGAAGGAGGAGGCACCACCUGAGCAGGAUUAUAUUUUUUCUCUCUGGAGUUUUGCUGUGUUGCAUAUAUCAGCUGACCGUCCGUGUGAGGCCUUGGCCGGAGGCUCAGACUGGAGAUGACCCCAGGAUUGGGACACCAGAGGCAGUGGGCAGAAGGCCUGAGGAAACUGCUGGGGCAGAUUCUCUUAGCACCAGCACACUGACCCAGUCGCUGACCACAGCUAAAUCAACCACUAUGUUGCAUCCUGCGAUAACUUCUUUUGCAUCUCCACCCACAGCUGCAACCACAACACUGACCACAGUAAAUACACUGACCACAACAGACUCAGCAACAACAAUGACAACAACAGCAACCACAACAGCAACAGCAGCAACAACAGCAACAACAAAAAUGACAAACGCAACCACAAAAAUGACCAACAUGACAACAGAAACAACUUCAUCUACGUCUGAAUUGACCCCAUCGACAACCACUAACAGGACUGUACACUGCAUCUUUGUGGAUUCAAGUCAGUCCAGCCCUACUCCUGACCUUGUCCUGACCACCACAGCUCCUGUGUCCACCACCAGCACCACCAACACCACCACAGAGGCUGUCCAUCCUCCAGAGAUCCCCCACAGCAAGGGAGAGUACCCACACGAUAUCUUCUCCGUAGAGGACCGACGUAAUGGCUGGGUGACCCUCCACAUCUUUGGGAUGAUAUACAUGUUUGUGGCUCUGGCCAUUGUGUGUGACGAGUUCUUUGUCCCCACUCUGGGAGUGAUCACGGACAAGCUGGCCAUCUCUGACGAUGUUGCUGGGGCAACCUUCAUGGCCGCCGGCGGUUCCGCCCCAGAGCUCUUUACAUCCCUGAUUGGUGUCUUCAUCUCCCAUAGCAACGUGGGCAUCGGCACCAUCGUGGGCUCGGCUGUCUUCAACAUUCUCUUCGUUAUCGGGAUGUGCGCGCUCUUCUCCAGGGAGAUGCUCCACCUCACCUGGUGGCCGCUCUUCCGGGACGUGUCCUUCUACAUCCUGGGCCUCAUCAUGCUCAUCGUCUUCUUCCUGGACAACACCAUCAUGCCUUGGGAGAGCGCAAUGCUGAUCGGGUGCUACACCUGCUACGUGACAUUCAUGAAGUUCAACGUGCAGAUCGAGCAUGCCUUCAAGACCCAGAUCAUGAAACACAAGAGCAUCGUCAAAGUCAUUGCCCCGGAGGAACCGGCCAAGGACAAUGGAACUUCCGCUGAGGACAGGAGACCUCCUGAUCCAGAAGACAAGAAUCGAUUGAAGCUGAAACCAGCACUCCAGCGUGGAGGAAGCUCUGCAUCGCUUCACAACAGCACCAUGAGGAGCACCAUCUUCCAACUGAUGAUCCACACGCUAGAUCCGCUGGGUGAGGUCAAAUUCAAAGAUAAGGCUCAGAUUCUGAACAGCAUGGCCAGAGGAAAACCAGAGGCCAAAACGCAGGAGACAUCGGCCGAAAAGGAGAUGAAAGAGGAGGCGAAAGAAGAGACAAAAGAGGCACCUGCAGAGAAGGAGGAGAAGGGGGAGGCAGAGGCGAAGUCCAUUACCCCUCCAGAUGACCUUUUGACCUUCAUGUGUCCAUCUCAGCACAUCUUCCCGUAUGGUGGAGGUGACGGCAAUGAGGACGGCAGUGAGGAAGACAGCGAUGAUGACAGCGAUGACAGCGAUGACAGCGAUGACAGCGAUGAUGAUGAUGAGGAGGAGGAAGAGGUGGAGGGAGAAGGAGGGGAGGAGGAGGAAGAGAAUGAGGAGCCGCUGUCGCUGGAGUGGCCGGACACGCCACGUAAGCAGGUCACGUAUGUCUUACUGCUGCCCAUCGUCUUCCCGCUAUGGCUCACCGUGCCUGACGUCCGCAACCCAGCAUCUAAGAAGUUCUUUGUCAUUACCUUUGUGGGCUCCAUCAUAUGGAUUGCAGUUUUCUCCUAUCUGAUGGUCUGGUGGGCACAUCAGGUGGGUGAGACGAUUGGCAUCUCUGAGGAAAUCAUGGGUCUGACCAUCCUGGCAGCAGGCACCUCCAUCCCUGACCUUAUCACCAGUGUGAUUGUGGCGCGGAAAGGCCUGGGGGACAUGGCUGUGUCCAGUUCUGUGGGCAGCAACAUCUUCGACAUCACAGUGGGUCUCCCGGUCCCGUGGCUGAUGUACUCCACGAUGCACGGGUUCGCCCCGGUGGCCGUGAGCAGUAACGGUCUCUUCUGUGCCAUCGUGCUGCUCUUCCUCAUGCUCCUCUUCGUCAUCAUCUCCAUCGCCGUGUGCGGCUGGAAGAUGAACAAGGCGCUCGGCUCCACCAUGUUCCUGCUCUACUUCAUCUUCCUGGUGCUCAGCGUGAUGCUCGAGGACCGCAUCAUCGUGUGCCCUGUGUCCAUCUGAGGCCUGUCUCUCUGGAGACACCCCCAACCCACACAUAUUCCUGCCACCGUCGCUGCCGCAGCAGUGGCCAUUUCAGUCCAACGUCAACGUCAACUUUAACUUGGCUGUCAACUUCACUGUCCACUGUUUCUGACUGUUCAACAAGAGUAGUCCUGGAUCUUCUGGUGCACUCAUUUCUAACUAUGUAUUCUCUUGUGUGUUUGUGCGUGUGCGUGUGUACGUGUGUAUGAUGUUUUGCAGAACUGACAACAAAGCAUAUUGCAAGUGUUCAUAGUUCAAGUGCAAGAGUUCUCUCAAAAACAUCUUUAGGGAAAAUUAGGAAUGCAUUUGAAUGUUCUUCUAUUUUAUUCACAUUUUACCACAACAGCUUUGACCGUAAUAGCUUUUUAUUGUUAUGAAUGUUAUGUAACGAGGAAAUGCUAAGUGAUGGUCAAUCAAUAAAUUAAAUCCCCAACAAUUAACGCAGAAUGUCAUAUGCUGUAUAUCAUUGUCUAUGUUUAUGGUUUCACAUGUCAGGAGGGUGGUGAGAGUGCUAAGAGGAUUAAUGGAUUAAGGUGUGCUAGGUGACUGUUAUAUGCACCCUUGGCAAAGCGCUAUUGUAUUUGCAGCGCUGCCUGAAAACUGUGCUAUAUACCUGAGAGGACUUGAUGGUAGAAAAUGAAAAGCUUAUCAGUGGUGUUUGUUGUUGUUGUCUGGGUCAUGUAUCAGUGUUUGGUGUAUGGUGGAUUCUCACAUAAAUAUGAAUGAGUAUCUGGAAAUGUAUGCAGAAUCUCUUCAGUGAAGUCAUGGGGGCGUUGUGCGCUAACAACUCAACUCUCUGUAAAUUAUGUAAUUUAAACUCAUACUGCAACUGAAUUAUUUUUGUAAUAUUGAUUAUAAUGUGUAUUAUUAGUAUACAUAAUAUAACAAAGGUCUUUGUGCUUGAUGUCAAAUAUAUGUAUUUUUCAUCUUAGUACAUGUCUAGCCGUCCUCUACUCGUUAUGGGGGGAGCUGUCCUUUCAUGUGAGCAUUUUUGUCUAUCAUAUCACAGCUCAAAUUACACUUGCACAGACGUGAACAGGAGAAUACUACUCCCCCUGAUGUUCAAUUGUUUUCACCGACAGCAUUAGAAUAAUUAUGCAAAAAUGUUGGUCAUUUAAAUGUUCCCAGUUUAAACUGUCACCAGAGACCAUUCCGACAAGUCAUGAUGUCACUAGUGUUUUAUUUACAGUUAUAAACAUUGUUCUGAAGAUCCAGUCCAGGCUCCAAAUCAUAAUGAGCAUACAAAUAUAAAUAACAGGAAUAAAACAAAUAUAUGAUAUGUGUAUGGGUGUAAGACAUUGGCCCAACACAGUUCAGUUUACAAAAAAAACACAUUUCAGUAGAUAUAUAUCGCUGUGAGCUGGAUACUGAAUAGUCAAAUGAUUUUUACUUAGAAUUUGCUGUAAGAAAAGUUUGGCUGUUGAUCUUUGCCACUGUAAACUUCACUAGUACCAUAUGUGGCAGGUGGCAGCAAAACAGUCAAAAACAUCUCAACUAUAGCCAAAGGCAGUCUCAAAGGACAUUUGUUUUUGUUGGUUUUCUUUGUUUUGUUUUGUUUUAUUUUCAUUCUGUGAUUGUAUAUUCAGUCAAUAAACAAUUGAGUUCAACAAAUUGAA